UUGCAAUCCACCAAGUUUCGGCCGUUUGGCCUUUCCUUCUCCCAUUCUUGUUUACCCCCAAUUUCAGUCCCCAGAUUUUGCAGGAUGCUGCCCAUUUUAUCGCUUUUAAUGAUGUGAGGCUCCCAAAAAUUUCCUAUAAACUUGCCAUAUUUGGCCCGGGCGGCUUGCAGAAGGGUGAGUUAUUGAUUUUGUUUCAACCCAGUGGGGCAAGGGAGUAUGUUUUAACCAGUAGUGACCUUUGACUGUUGAAUCGAAUGGUUAGGUACAUCGUGAUUUUUUUGGGUUGGAACUUAAUUCAGAAGGAUGGAGCACGGAAAGAAGGAAUACAGGCUUGUUUUACCAGUACCCAUGUUCCACAGUGACCACAACAUUUGGGCAGUACUUAAAAAUUGUAUUGGUAAAGAAUUGAGCAAGAUAACAAUGCCUGUCGUUUUCAAUGAACCCUUGAGCUUCUUGCAGAGGAUGGCGGAGUAUAUGGAGUACGCGCAUUUGCUCAGAAUUGCCGCUCAACAGGAGGAUCCCACCACGAGACUCCAAUACGUCAUUGGUUUCGCUGUUAGCGCACUCGCAUCAAACUGGGAACGGCUCGGAAAACCAUUUAAUCCUUUACUUGGUGAAACGUACGAACUAGAAAGGGAAGAAUUCAGAAUCGUUUGCGAACAAGUGAGUCAUCAUCCUCCAGUAUCAGCUUUCCAUGCAGAAAGCGAUGACUGGACGUUCCACGGUUCUAUUCACCCCAAGCUUAAAUUUUGGGGAAAAAGUGUGGAAAUACAGCCUAAAGGAACUGUGACUGUAGAAUUUCCAAAAUUAAAAGAAGCCUAUACGUGGACUAACGUAAACUGUUGCGUUCACAAUAUUAUUAUGGGCAAAAUGUGGAUGGAGCAAUGUGGAACAAUGGAAAUUGUUAGCCAUUUGUCUGGAUAUAGAGCCAACCUCACUUUUAAACAAGCAGGAGAAAGCUCAAAAAAUCUUCAUCGGGUUGAAGGAUAUAUUGCGAAUAAAUCGAAGCAAAAACUCUUCUAUAUAUACGGAAAGUGGACGGAGUUUAUAAAGUGUUCCAACUAUGCAGCUUACGAGGAAUACAUGAAAGAUAGUUCACACAAAAUUAAAGACCAAAGAAGUAAAAGUCCGAACGAUUCGCCAUCUCACACGUCGAAAAAAAUGCUCCAGAAGUUUAACAGUUUGAAGGUUUCUACUUUUAGAUCGCAAAACUCAACUCAAGAGACUGAAGAAAGUGACGAGCCUGAUGAAUGUCCCAAAAGUGAUACAGGAUUUUUUAUGGAUAUUCCAAAUUCAACUACUAUAUGGAAAGUUAAUCCAAGACCUCCACAAAGUGCUGAUUACUACCAAUUCACAGAAUUCGCUAUGUCACUCAAUGAGUUGGAACAUGACAUGAAAAAUGUUUUAUGUCCAACUGAUUCAAGACUAAGGCCAGAUAUUCGUAAAUUGGAACAAGGUGAUAUCGACGGGGCAGCAAUUGAGAAAACGAGACUAGAAGAAAAACAGAGAGACGCUAACAAGCAUAGGAAAUGCAAAAAUGCCACUCAGUGGACCUCAAGGUGGUUUAAACAAGAAAUAAAUCCAUACACGCAACAAGAAGAUUGGAUUUCUAAUGGGAAUUAUUGGAAACGACAAUAUUUAGAAGACCUCGACAUUUUUUAAAUAUUGUGGGAAACAUCCAAAAGUAUAUUAUUCAUUAAAGUAGAGAGUAAGUCCAGAAAAAAUUAUAUAAAUUCCUGGCCAGGAAGUAUUGUAGAGAAAAACUCAUCGAUCGCACUUGCCUAGAACAUUUCUUCUAAAAAUUAUAUUUAUAAAAAUCCAUAUUUUCUACAGAGUAAACAUUUCUUGUGAUACCAUAUAAACCUAAGAUCUAUUUUGUCUCCAUUAUGAAAUAGUUAAUUUGCUUUCUGGAUUAAAGAUACUAUUUAUUGUUGUGGUCUUAAAAUAAAAAGGAAUCUAAAAAAUCUACUAACGGUCAAUUACGUUGUUGGUAAACUGAUGUUAUUGUAGAAAAAUAAUAAUAUAGAUAAGUUCUAUACAUGUUUCGCGGGACAUGCGUCCAUGUGCCAAACUUGACACAAGAAUUUGGUAAAGUUAACAGUUUCUUAGAGCUUCCGUAUUUUAUAGUGAAUUAGAAUUUUUCAUAAUUUGAUCGAAGCAGUUCUGUUGCAAUUUUUACUUUCGGAAAGAGAAUUAGGAAAAUUAUUAUGACUUCAAAUUGGACAUGGUAUUUCCAAGGGCAAGGAUAUUAGGAAGGAGAAAGUGGUUACAAUUUCCUGUAAAAACCUAUGACAGGUAACCAUUAUAUACAUUCCAAUGUGUUGCUUUUUGACACACCAUGUUCUCACUGAACUAGUUAUGGGUCCGUUGUGACAGUUAACUAAAAUUUCGAAUUUGAUGGUUUGAAAAAGAUAACAUGUCAAAAACGAGGUCAAGAUUAAAAAAACAUUUUUUAUACUAUACAUUGAAUUUCUAUGUUGGUUUAAGGAUAUUGAAUGCGUCUUCGAAGCAUUAUUCAAUUAAUAAUCAAACAUAAGUACCAUCAAGUUGACUACUUUUGCGGUUACAGCGCCGUAGUCGCUGUGUGUAUGAAUCGAAUUCUUUUUUACGGUAAAUUUAUAUCAGGCAAAAUAUAGGGUGACGCAGAGUGAAUUUCUUUUUUCGAACGCGCUCUGUACAUCGAAUUUCAUAUUUGUGUUGUGGUUAGCGCUGGCAAUUUGUGGCGACUGCGUGCGGAUUUUCAGUAAACAUGGAGCAGUGGUCGAACGAGCAAUGCGCGUUUAUGGUCAAUGCGUUUUUUUAAAUCGAACGAUUCCUAUGUCGCGGUACGUGAUGCUCCGUCAAAAAAAUUAUUGAAAUCGUGGGUUCAAAGAUCCAGACAAUGCGGUACAGUGGCAAAUCAGAAGCGUCCCGGCUAUGUACAAUCUCAAUCUCAAUAUUCUCUGGCGUUCUGUUGGACUUCUGUUGGCCGGGACGCUUCUAAUUCGCCACUGUACGACUUUGUCUGAACCUUUGAACCCACGAUUUUAAUAAGUUUUUUGACGGAGCAUCACGUAUAGGUACGCCGAAUAUUGUAACGGUUACGAAAACGUCGCCAUGCCCCGAUAUCGGAAUCGUUCGAUAUAAAAAAAAACGCUACUGAUAAUCCGCAAGCAGUCGCCGCAAACUGCCCCCCACAAAUAUUAAGCUGGACGUACAGGGCGCGUUCGAAAAGGAAAAUUUACUCUGAGUCAACCUGUAUUACCUUCAAGACAAAUACAGUACCCUUAAACGCAAUAUUAUUCUGUUUUAUAGAGCAAUAUUGAACAAUGAAUAGACGUACAUAGUGCUAGACGUAUUUGUAAUAUCAACUUCACUAUAGUACAUAUAUAUCAGGAAAAGGAAUAAUGUGUCCUUUUAAACGAAACAAAUAUCGAUACAAAAAAAAAUUGGAUAGUUUGGGUUUUUCGAGAUUUUGUAGGGACUAGGACUAGAGUAUAAGCAAAUUGAUGUUUCAAAUUGUGAAAGGCUUUCGCCUCUAUAUGGCCCCAAAGCUAACCAACGAAUUUUUUGUGGUAUUGGGCCAAAACUCUUGGCCUUAAUCUUACGCCAACGCGAGCGGGUGUUUCAGAAGUUGUACAAUCGACUGCCGCUAGGUGUAUUGCCUCAUACUCUCCUAUAUUUCCGCAUGCAAAUAUAGGUUGACAUUUGUUGGUGGAUGUUAUGAGGAAUAUCCUUGAAGCUUUUUGAAGCAAGAAGACUUAUUUGAAAGAAGAAUAAAGUUAAUAUGGAUUCUUUUGUGCCUGUCCUGAUCGAAUUUUUCUCUAGGACGUCAUAAAUCGGGUGAUUUUUCAUAUCUUCUGGUUCUUGUAUUGACGAGAGAGAGAGGCAUUCCUUCACGUUUUCUUAGGUAUUAGGUAUUCCUGAGCCGUCGAAAACCACCACCUUACCUGCAUGUUCACAAGUCAGUGGGGACAACUUUUGAAGAUCUUACCACUCGUGUUGACGUAAACGUCAAGGCCAACUGUCAAUCUACAGUGGCAUAAGAACCCUGAAACUUUUCAGUUACAAUUUUUUAUUUUGUCUAUCUUUUAAAGUCGAAUACUACUAUACCAUUCUUUCAUUACUUAUAAAAAAUAAUUGAAAUAUAAGGGGUCUAUGUCUAGAAAUCUAGAAAUAAUUGUGCUUAUAAACAUUAAGAAAUAUACCAAAUAGGUACAUAAUUAGGAGGAUAAACAAAUUCCAUUAGAGCGAGAAUAACCUGAAUGAGACAAUUAUUUUCUGAAGCAUUUCAAAAAUGUUUAUAGCUUGAAACUUUAUAAAUCUGUUAUUAGAACGGAUACAAAAAAAAAUGUGUAUAUGAACUAGAAGUCAAUGUUUGGGAUCACUAGAAAAAAAAUGUGCUGGUUGUCGAAAAAAAAAACUGUUUUGUUGGGAAAUAAAAAGUUUAUUUAAGGAA